AUGACACCCUUUGAAGCUGUUUAUGGAAGACUACCACCUAGAUUGUUGACUUAUGUGCCAGGAACUACUAAGAUGGCAACUGUGGAUGAAGUCUUAAGGUGUAAAGAGGAGAUCUUAGCCCUUUUACAGCACAAUCUUCAGCAUGCUCAACAAAGAAUGAAGAAAUAUGCUGACCUGAGGAGGUCUAAAAGGACCUUAGCCAUUAGACAGCAAGUGUAUCUCAGGCUGCAACCCUAUAGACAGGGCUCCUUGGUUACUCGAAGGACUUUAAAAUUGUCUCCUAGAUUCUAUGGUCCUUUCACAAUUGUUAGAAAGCUCAAGCCAAAGAUAAGAAGAAGUAAUAUUGGAGUCUCUAUUUUGCCUCCUGUUGAUGGGAAUGGGAUCAUUCAGCCAAAGCCAGUUGCAGUUCUAGCUCGUAGGUCUAGACCUCAUAAGAAUCAUGCAAUUACAGAUUAG